CGACGACUAUAAUGGCCUCCAGACAAACGGUUUGGAUGAAGCGAAUCUGACCCUGACCCCCGCAACAUCGGCGACAACGACAACGCCAGCAAUAGCAUCUACACCCAUGAGCUUGGACUUUGCUGGUACCGAUCUCGCUGGUUGGACAGAUUGGAUACUCUGGCAGGACCAGGAGGGCGGCGCCCUUAUGCCAUCGGGCGAGACAGGAACUGCAUUGAUGGAUCAUACCGAUGCAGGUCCAUCCUUGAUGGCCGUAGGGUUCAAACUGACCGACCUCAUGCGAGCCGACUUAGACCAGCUCUAUUUCGACCGUGUGCAUCCCGUUUGCCCCAUGAUACAUCGCAGGCGCUACAUCGCGUGGGCUGGUCAGGAGAGCGUCACGCCAGCCCGUGCCUGUCUCCAAUCCGCGAUGCGGACCAUGGCUGCAGCCAUGUCGGUCCAUUGGCGCCACCUCGCCGAUCAUUUCUGUCUCGAGACGCGCCGUCUACUCGAGACCCAGUGGCACCAUAUACGAGCCAUAUCCACAGAUGAGAUCCAGCUGGAGCACAUACAGGCCUGGCUGCUACUGGCUUACUCUGAACGGUUACGAGUUGGUGAACGUCAGGCUAUGCUGACGGCUGGUCGUGCAUUUCGCCUCUUGCAGAUGGCUCGUCUGUACGAUGUUGAUGCACCAGCCGACUCCAGCUCGCCGGUCUCUCCUGUGGCUACCAUAGGUACCCAUCACGAGUUGGACGACAGUUUUGCCGACGCCGAGGAGAAGAGACGCACGUUUUGGCUGGCCUUUAGCCUUGACCGCUUUCUCUGCCUGCGAAGUGAAUGGCCUCUGACGUUGCAAGAGGAGAUGAUCCGCACGCGUCUCCCGGCGCCAGAGGAAAACUUCCAAAAUAACCAACACAUCUGCGUCAGCUUCCUCCCCGAAGCCGUGAUGCAUAAUGGCCCUAGCAACCUCUCGCCCUUUGCCGAGUGCGUAGUGCUGGCGGCGCUACACGGGCGGUGCAUGACACACCGGCGCGCGUGUCUGUAUGGUGGUCCAAAUGCCCCGGGGACUGAGCAGCAUGACUUUUGGCCUCGCCAAGAAUGGCUUGCCUCGACAAUAGAGAAGCGGCUGCAGAUGCUCGCUCCCUGCUCUGCAGUCGACAGUGACCCUAUGCUUCUCUUUGCCCACCUGCUGGCCCAUAGCGCCAUCGUCUUUCACAGCAACACAGUGCAGAGACAGACAGCCUCCUGCGGCACCCUGCAACAGCAAUUCGUUUCGAGCGCCUAUGAACGUCGUGCCUCCGUGGCAGCCCUGGAGAUUGUGCGUCUGGCCAAAACAGUACCGUUGCUCAGCUGCUUGAAGGCCCAUCCCUUUCUACCUGACCCGCUUAUUUGUGCGGCUACCUUUCUCUCCACAGCCUCUAACACGAUCGUGGACAGCAAUAAUGGAGUUGGGCAUUUGCUUCGUGUGCUUAGAGAUGUGCAGGCGAUCAAUAGUCUUGCAAGGGAACAUUUCCAAUCGCUAAAAUUAAUAGAUGUAGUUCCAUGUCAGGGGAUUUCUCUAGAGUAGCGUAAAACUGGACAAUGUUGCUUUUUUAUAAUCGAAACUUAGGCUGCCAUUUGGUCUGGUUCUGGCUCUGAGAUUGGAAACCAGAAUUAUCUGAUUUAAG